GGUGGCAUGGAUGGCAUCAUAGCAUUCCUUCAGCCCUUAUCACCGGGCGACCGGCUUCGACGACUGGGUGGAAGCGGAAGCUUCCCCUAGAACCUCAGUUGGUGAGCAGCACGCAUUUCUCGCAAAUGUAUCAAACCUCUGGCGAUGAGACCGGCUUGCGAGGGGGAGGGAUGGCGCGCAGAGCAGAGGGAGAGGAGAGAAGAGAGCGAGGAGCGGGGAAAGGCCCAAUGCGCGUUGACCGCAAAGGCGCGCAGCUCAAACCCGUUCCGGCGGCCGGCCGUCACUCACGCUCUCAUUCUGGGUCCGUUUCCCUCUUUCUCGCUCCUCCUCUUCCUUUUUUCUCCUCCCCACCAACCUUUCGUGCAAAUCCACAGACUAUGUAGUCCUCGGUCUUCGUUGAAGCUCGCAGGCGCUGUUCUUGGAUGUUUUCCUCCCUUUGGUCUCAAUUGCCAUUUGUCAGUCCUUGACUUGUCGGCUUUUUUCCCUUCUCUGCGUCUCUGUCAUCCUUAACUACUGUACGAGUCGCUGUCGAUUCCCAGCUCUCUACCCGUGUGCGACAGCUCGCUCACGGGCAGGCUGCUUCUCCUCGACGUCGUGCUGGAGUCCCAU